UGGCCGAAACGAGUCAACCCGAGUGGAACGGCCCAAUGCGGCCCUAGUUUCUAUCGCCCUUGGCGGGAUGGUCGCCCGAGCGUAAGUCUUAGACGCCCCUGACUUGUGGGUCAGAUGGGAGCCUUUGUGCAACCCUCAGCCCCGCGGGCCUAUUGGGUGACUCCGGUGGUGCUGCCUCCGUCAGCUUCGCCAAGUCCUCUUCUAACACACCGAAGUGUGCGGAGUGACGGGAGUUUCCCUGCAGCCUCUUGCAUACGACUCUUCUCGCAGCCAAGCCUGCCUUCGUCGCCGGUACAGGUGGUCCGGCAGGUGUCAUUGCCUGCGUACACCACCCGGGCCCCGCAUCCUUUUCCCAAGACGCCACGUUUUGAUUUCCAACCGGAACGGCGAGCCACCAUCCCAAAGGUCGUUGAAGCUGACAGUCCCAGGAACACAAUCCUUCCACAAGCGCAGACACCACCAACACGACCUCUGAAGAUCCGAGUGGUUGCGAGUCAGCUGAAUCAGCUGAAGCGGAGUCCUCCGAAAGACCCCCACGGUGAAGAGGCCAAGCCUCAACUGGUUCACGCGGCAAGUGCCGCAGGAAGCUCACCGUGUGGGGAUGCACUGCUGCCUACGCUGUUGAGAAGCAGAGGGGUGGCGGCGCGGAAGCAGAUGGAAGUGCAGAGGGCAAAGGCGGAGGAAAUCCGGGCCUUCGAGCGUAGAUGCCGAGAGGCGGUAGCGGAGCAACGCCGAGCCGACGCUGAACGCCUGCGCAUGGAGGCCGAGCGCCAGAGAGCUGAGCUGCAGAAGAGGGGAGGAGAUGCCCAACGUCGGCAAGUUGAGAGGCGGGAGAGUUUGGCUGAAGACCUCCGGCGCCUGGCAGAAGAGAAGCGACGAGCGCGGCAAGAAGAGCAGCAAGAGGUGGAGCGAAAACGCGCAGAAGCACAGAGGUCUCGCAUGGAGGCAGCCUCACGUCGCUUGCACAGAAAGCUCCGUUUGGUUGAGGAGAAACACCGCCUCGCUGAGGAGGCAAGGCGUGCCAUUGAAGAGGGGCGGAGGCGCCGCUUCACCGAACCAGGCAAAGCCAGAUUUGAGACUGCGCGAGGCCGCAGGAGUGAGACCGAUGCAAGGCGCAAGAGCCUCGAAGGCGGUAAAAGACGUGCAAAGAGUGCUGAUGCAGACCAAGAGUGCGAGGC